AUGAUGACUGGAAAAAAUGCGCCCAUUUCAUGGUUCAUUCCAUUGCACAAGAUCACGAAGCCAUCCUUCAGGUCCAAAAAGCUUGUGAAACAAGUUGCUGCCAAUAGGAAAACAAUACUUUCAAAAUUUGUAGAAACAAAGCUCAACAGAACAAGCCUUUACCACAAUGCGGUGUCACAUUUGGACGUGCUCGUCGUCAUGCUGAGCGGCAACGUCGCCGUGCUCCGGGCGCUACUCUACCGCCGCCACUUCCGGCUCUCCGUGGAGGAGGUGACCAUGGUGGACAGGCUGCUGCGGGCGCGCCCACCACCCGUGCCGCUGUCACGAGUGCUGUGGCUCGCCUCCUUCCUGACGCUCAGCGCCUUGCACUUGGCGUACGUGUCUUUCGUGGGCGGCGCGCUGCACGCCCUGAGCCACGUGCCCAACCAGUUCAACUACCAGCUCAUCUACACCAUGGAGGCCCUGUUCGCGGAGGAGACCGACAGCAUCUUCCGUCGCUUCAGGACGCUCAACGCCCGCCUUGAGUCGACCUGCCUCGGGGCGGCCAGCCGCUACCCCCUCGACCUCCACCCGGGGAUGAUUCCGGUGGGCGAGACGAGUCGGAAGCUGCCCGCCCCCACCCAUGCUCUACGGCGUGGCGCCCCGACCGACAAGAGCUCCACUAGGGCGAGGACGAAGUCCUUCUACAGCGGGGUCCCAGAGUUUGACGGCGUCCCUAUCCACCAACUCGAGGAUGCGCACGCCCUGCUUUGCUCGAGCGCGCUCAACCUGACGCGCCGCUACGGCCCCGUGCUCCUUAUCGACGUCCUCAACCUGCUGCUGCACUUUGUCACCACGGCAUACUUCUUCUUCUCCAUGAUCGUAGUCGACGCGAAGCUUCACCAGAAUGUUGCGCACCGGAUUACGAUGUACGUAUACGUGACGCUGCAGGGCCUGUGGAUGCUCGCACACGUCAGUCGCUUGGUGCUGCUGGUGCAACCCUGCUCAAACGUCAAGGAGGAGGCCAACGAGACGGGGGCCUUGGUGGGGACGUUCUUGAACAUGCUGCACCCUUGCUGUCAUUUGCGCAAACAGCUGGAGCUGUUUUCUAUGCAGCUUAUGCAUCAGCGAGUAGGCUUCAGUCCUUGCGGCCUUUUCGAACUUGAUCUGAAACUCCUUCUGUCUUUACUAGGGGCAGUGACCACGUAUUUAGUAGUGCUCUUCCAGAUCAGAGUGCCUUCAACCAAUGUCGAUAUUAAUACAUUAAAUCGAACUGUGUGAAUAUCACACAUAAGUGGGAGAAUGAAAAUUACAGUUUUUACCAGGCCAAUAAAUGUGCGCACGAGGAUGUAAGAAUAAAAGAGUUGUGUGUACGCUCAGCGGAACACGAAGCGUGGAUGUAUACGGAGGGACUAAUUCAAGAAGAUGGGUCCUGAACGUUAAGGUUCCAGAAAAAAAAGGAAGUUAUAGGAAAAUAAACAAGCGUUUGAAUAACGCCUUGGCAAAAACUACACAAAGCAUGCGCACAAUUGUUUUAAAGAGUAGAACAGGCUGCGUGUAAGUAUAUAUCCCCAAUACCUGCACGUGCC